CAGAAUAAUCACACGCACACACGCACACACGCAGAACCGUUUCCGUUUCCGAAUAACUACGAAACUUAAAGCAACACAACAUUGUCUUGUCUCCAACAUACGCACUCUAUAUAAUCCAUCAAACAUACAAACCUCUUACGUUACUUCAGAUUUUUCAGAAUUUGUUUCUUUAAUGGUUGAUGCGUUUUUAAUGCGAUGGGAGCUCAAAAGAGCAUCCAUGCUGGCAAAGCAAAGAUUGAUGUUAAUGUUGAUUUUACUCACAAACUAUGUACUUCUUUGAUGCUCAAUACCUUCAGUAGUGCUGAUAAUCCUCUUUCACUAGUAAUUGGGAGUCUCUGUAUCAAGCAUCCGAACUUAUUUGGUGGGAGUGAGAAGCUUGAUGUUUCAUUGGACAAGGGUUUGUAUGAUUCAAAUAUCUUAAUCGCGUAUAGAAGGCCGCGGCAAGAAUGUCGUGCUCACCAGUCGUUUGUCGUGCAGCAUUCUUUUUCACCGGAGAUUGGAACCCAUGGUAUCCCUUUAAACAAUUUCUCCCGCUCGGGAAGUGGAGGUGUAAAUUUAUCUAGAUUAUCAGUCGGAAUGGACUUGAAGGAACCCGUGAGUUCAAAGUGGAGCAGCACAUCCAGCAUCAAAUUUGAGCAUGUUCGCCCAUUUAACGAUGAUGGAUGCAGUAUAAGUAGGGACUGUGAUGGGUUUGCUUUGACUUACAGUGGCCGUCCACAUGACAGUAUGGUAGUGUUAAAGCAUGAAUCUCGAUUUGCAAAUGCAAACGAUCGUAGCUGUUUUCAUUUUAAUCUUCAAAUAGAACAAGGUAUUCCAGUUCUUUCAAAGAUGAUAAUUUUCAACCGAUUCAAAUUUGCUGCUUCGAAAGGAAUCAAACUUGGACCAACACUUCUCUUGACAAGACUUACAGGCGGUUCGAUCGUUGGGGACAUGGCUCCUUACCAAGCAUUUUCCAUUGGAGGGCUAGGGAGUGUUCGAGGGUACGGUGAAGGAGCUGUCGGAUCUGGGAGAUCAUGUCUGGUAGCUAAUAGUGAACUGACCCUCCCUUUGAAUAAGGUGGUGGAGGGUGCAGUUUUCAUGGAUUGUGGAACAGAUUUGCGGUCUGGUUAUCUUGUACCUGGAAAUCCAGCUUUAAGGCAAGGUAAACCAGGAUCUGGUGUUGGAAUGGGAUGUGGACUUAGAUUUAAAUCACAGUUUGGUCAUUUUCAACUUGAUUAUGCUAUUAAUGCAUUUAAGCAGGGAACUUUCUAUUUUGGCCUCAGCAAUCUUGGUUCAUGAGAUUAUAACAAGAAAAAGUCAUUCUCUCUGCAGUUUAUCAUCCUAUUACAAAGUUCUAUAGAAGAUGGAAUGGUAAAGCUACAGAUGCUGCAAUAUUUUGUCAUCAGUUUAUAUCAAUAUAAGUUAUUUAGUUUUAAAUUCUUCAUCAUUGUAACCAUCAGAAUUUUUUUGUUUAUAAAAAAAUAAACAAGUUUAGUAUGCA